GUGUGUGUGUGUGUGUGUGUGUGUGUGUGUGCGCGCGUGCGUGUUGUUUCCAGAGGUGUGAACACGCAGGAGCUGGACACUCCAGCUAUCGAGAAACGAUUUGCCUACACCUUCCUCCAGCAGCUCAUCACAUACGUAGACCAGGCACACCAACACAUGAUGGAGUUUGAUCUGGGAACAAGACCGAAGGGGGAGAAGAUUCCUCAUGAACAACAGAUUAAGUUCUUUGGAAAGGUCGUCUUGCCAUUGGUAGAUCAGUACUUUAAAAACCACCGGCUGUACUUCCUGUCCACAGCCAUUCAUCCAAUCAGCAGCGGAGGCCAUGCCUCCAACAAGGAGAAGGAGAUGGUGACCAGUCUUUUCUGCAAACUGGGAGUUCUUGUCAGACAUAGGAUAUCCUUAUUUGGUAACAAUGCCACAUCCAUAGUCAACUGUCUGCAGAUAUUGGGACAAAGCCUGGAUGCCAGGACGGUGAUGAAGACUGGUCUGGAGUCAGUGAAGGCAGCACUGCGGUUGUUCUUUGACAGUGCAGCAGAAGAUCUGGAGAAGACGCAGGAGAACCUGAAGCUCGGCCAGUUCACCCACAGCAGAGAGCAGCCGCGAGGGGUCACCCAGAUCAUCAACUACACCACCUUCGCCCUGCUGCCCAUCCUCUCCUCCCUGUUUGAACACAUCGGACAGAACUUGUUCGGAGAAGACCUCAUAUUGGAUGAUGUCCAGGUUUCCUGCUACAGAAUCCUCAACAGCCUCUUCUUUCUGGGAACCAACAAAAGCAUCUAUGUAGAGAGACAGCGUCCAGCAUUAGGAAAGUGUUUAGCUGCCUUCUCAGCAGCCUUUCCUGUUGCCUUCCUUGAGCCUCACAUCAACAAGUUCAACAGCUUCUCCAUCUACAACAGCAAAGAAGCUCAAGACAGAGCAGCUCUAGGUCUUCCAGGGCAGGUGGGGGAGGUUUGUCCUCUGAUCCCAAACUUAGAGAAGUGUCUGGAGGAGAUCAUGGAGUUGGCAGAGUCUGGCAUGAGAUACACUCAGAUGCCCCAUGUCAUGGAGGUGGUGUUGCCGAUGCUGUGCAGCUACAUGUCUCACUGGUGGGAACAUGGACCAGAGAGCAACCAGGACAAGGCCGACAGCUGCUGCACCUCUGUGACUUCUGAGCACAUGAACACUCUGCUGGGAAACAUUCUCAAGAUCAUCUACAACAACCUGGGAAUAGAUGAAGGGGCCUGGAUGAAAAGACUAGCUGUCUUCUCUCAGCCAAUCAUCAGCAAGGCCAAAACCCAGCUGCUCAAGACCCACUUCCUGCCUUUGAUGGAGAAACUCAAAAAAAAGGCAGCAGUUGUGCUGAUGGAUGAGGAACACAGCAAGGCAGAGGGGAGGGGAGAGAUGUCAGAGACGGAGCUUCUCAUCAUGGACCAGUUCACCAUACUGGUCCGAGACCUGUAUGCCUUCUACCCUCUCCUCAUACGAUUUGUUGACUACAACAGGGCCAGAUGGCUGAAAGAGUCCAACCCAGGGGCUGAAGAGCUGUUCCGCAUGGUGGCAGAGGUUUUCAUCUUCUGGGCCAAGUCUCAUAACUUCAAGAGAGAAGAGCAGAACUUUGUGGUCCAGAAUGAAAUCAACAACAUGUCCUUCCUCAUCACUGACACCAAGUGUAAGAUGUCAAAGGGUAUAGUUUCAGACCAGGAGAGGAAGAAGAUGAAGAGGAAGGGAGAUCGAUACACGAUGCAAACGAGUCUUAUCGUUGCUACCCUGAAGCGCCUGCUUCCUGUUGGACUCAACAUCUGUGCCCCCGGAGAACAAGAGCUCAUUGCACUGGCGAAGAACCGCUUCACCCAGAAAGAUACAGAGGGUGAGGUUCGAGAGGUCAUCAGGAACAAUCUCCAUUUACAAGGAAAGCUGGAGGACCCAGCUAUUCGUUGGCAGAUGGCUCUAUACAGAGACCUCCCUAAUCACUACGAGGACACCUCGGACCCAGAGAAGACUGUGGAGAGAGUCCUGGAGAUCGCUCAUGUCCUCUUCCACUUAGACCAGGUUGAACAUCCUCAGCGCAGCAAGAAGGCCGUGUGGCACAAGCUGCUGUCCAAACAGAGGAAGAGAGCAGUGGUUGCUUGCUUCAGGAUGGCACCGCUCUAUAACUUGCCCAGGCACCGGGCUGUCAACUUGUUCCUGCAGGGCUACGAGAAGUCCUGGAUCGAGGCAGAGGAACACUACUUUGAAGAUAAACUCAUAGAGGACCUCGCUAAACCAGGUGACAAAGAGCCAUUGGAGGAAGAGGAGGGGGUGAAACACAUCGAUCCACUUCAUCAGCUCAUUCAACUGUUCAGCAGAACAGCCCUCACAGAGAAGUGUAAACUGGAUGAGGAUAUUCUCUACAUGGCUUAUGCUGACAUCAUGGCUAAGAGUUGCCAUGAUGAAGAAGAUGAGGAUGGAGAGGAAGUAAAGAGUUUUGAGGAGAAGGAGAUGGAGAAGCAGAAGCUGUUGUACCAGCAGGCUCGGCUGCAUGACCGCGGAGCUGCUGAGAUGGUGCUGCAAACCAUCAGUGCUAGCAAAGGUGAGAUGGGUCCCAUGGUGGCCUCUACUCUGAAGCUGGGCAUAGCUAUUCUCAAUGGAGGAAACUCUACUGUACAGCAGAAAAUGUUGGAUUAUCUGAAAGACAAAAAGGACGUGGGCUUUUUUCAGAGUCUGGCUGGUCUGAUGCAGUCAUGCAGUGUUCUGGAUCUAAAUGCAUUUGAGAGGCAGAACAAAGCUGAAGGACUGGGAAUGGUGACAGAGGAGGGAUCAGGUAAGCUUCACUACUCUUUAUAUCUCAAGGUCAUAACAAUAGAAAGAAAGGUUCUUUGAAUAAUCAUUUUUCUGAAUUCAAGAUUGGUGUUUACUGACAAUGGUUUGUUGAUAUAAACAUGCUUUUUCUUCACCAGAUACAGGUCAAAUUCAAAAUUGCCACUUUAAUUGAAAAUUGUACAUUCAAACCUACAUCUAAAAACCAAUGCUUGCUGAAUCCAUUGGUUUAGUAGAUGGAUGCUAAUUCUAAUAUAAAAUGUUUCUUCCUCUUAUUUAAAAUCUUUCCUAAGAGGAAAUGGAAAGCGUGUCUGUGUUUUAUCCUUGUCAAAUCAUUUUUCUUUAUCCUCUCAUCACUUUGGUUGAGCAAUUUGUUGAAUUUCAUGAAGUGGUAAUGCAGUACUAUCUGUUUUUUAUAUGCAUUAUUAAGUGGGAUUUCCUAGUGUACAUGCGUACGUGCUUAUGAUUUGACUGUUACAUCUAAUGUGUGUAUGCAUUUGUUACAAUCAUCCUUUGGAUUGCAUACUGAUACUUCAGAUCUCCUUUGUUUUACUAUUGUGUUGCACUAGAUUUUGAAAUACAGUCAUAACUACCGAAUAAUAUUCUCCAUGUAGCAAAGUAGGAAUAGUGUGUCCUACCAUAAAACCUCUCAGGGAGGAGCUCACAAUCAAUGUUUGGGAGCACAGACUUUGCAUUAUGGCGUUUGACUUUCCUUCACAGAGAGUUGGUUUCUUCAAACCAUGGAAGGAUCUUUUCCAAACCUGAACCAUGACCGCCUGUUUUUCUAACUGUUAACGUUCAAUCUCUGAACCCAUUGGCUAUUAGCCUCUGCGGGCAGCUGCCAAUAUUUCUGGGAUUUAUUAUUCCUUGCAGUGGUCAACUUUUUGCAGUCCGAUUAGCAACUUUAGACCCAACACUGUAGUUUGAGUUGAGAGACAACGAGGAUCAUUUCACAAGUAGCCAGUUUACAAGCUAAUUUAAGCAAACAGAAAAGCUAAAUUUGUUACGGAUGUAGUAAGGACCCAGGAGCAGUACGACAAACACCAGGGAUAGUUUGACUCGAAACUUUAUUUUCUUCGGCACACACACACAACAGGAAGAAUAUCCACAGAAAAACAGCGGCAGGUUCUCAUGGUCGGGGACAGAAGGCUGAGCGAGUUACCAGGGCAGAGGCGAGGUAGUCCGAAACAGGCAGGGUCGGCAACAGGGAAUCAGUCCAUGGGUGAAUGUGGGAAAGUUUAGCAUGAAUGCAGAGAACGAUCUGGCAGUGAGUGUGUGUGAGGCAGGGGUUUAAACAGUGAAGAGGCAGAGUGAGCAGGUGAGAG